UUCGCGAAGGUAGCUCAGCCUGGUGCGGGCAAUACAUGCGCAGUUGCACGCAAUGUCGUCGUUGGCGCGUAGCAUUGUGGGGAAAAGAUGGCGGCGGCCGUGGCGAGGGUGUUUCAAGGAGCGUCUCGGCAGAUCUUCUCCAUAUCAUGUAUUGGGCAAGUAAGGAGUUAUUAUGUUGACUGGAGGAUGGUGCGUGAUGUUAAGAGAAGGAAAAUGGCUUUUGAAUAUGCAGAUCAGAGGCUGCGGGUGAAUUGCCUUAGAAAAAACAAAAUUUUGCCCAAAGAACUCCAGGAAGUGGCAGAUAAAGAGAUAGCUGCCCUACCCCGGGACAGCUGCCCAGUGAGGAUCCGAAAUAGAUGCGUUCUGACAUCCCGUCCACGAGCUGUAGUGUGGCGAUGGAGACUCAGCCGCAUUGUCUUCCGCCAUCUGGCUGACCAUGCGCAGCUCUCUGGGGUACAGAGAGCAAUGUGGUGAGCCAUCACCAACAAGGCUUUUCAUCAAAAAGACAAAACUGAAUUCUAUUUCAACUCCUAGGAUGUAUUUAAGACAAGCUAUAUAGCUUGCAGCAUUCAAGGAAUGGGGAGAAACAGAGUGUGCAAAUUGGUAGCAGAUUGCUGUAUAGAAGAUAAGCUAGUUUAGUUUUGUCAAGAUUUCUCAACCUGCUCACGUUGCAACUUUAAAAAUGACACGGAAAAAUAAACAGUCCCAAGCUUGA